AGCCCAAGUCAAUUUGGGUUUGAUAAACAACAAGGUCUUGUCCUUAAGAAUGUUCUGUUAUAAUAUGAAGUUGAUCCCUUCAAUAAUAGCAAAGUUACAGCCAGUUAUAGCCAAAACAAUGAAAAUUUCAAUUAUUUGACCUUCAAAGUCAAGGUCAUUAAUGAGUGAAGGUGAAGGUCUGUCUGGUUAUUUUUAAGGGUUAUCCUUGAAGAUUAUUAUGUUCCAGUUUGAAGACAAUCCAUUCAAAAAUAACAAAGUUACAGCCAAUAAUAGCCCAAAAAAUGAAAAUUUCAAUAAUUUGACCUUCAAAGUCAAUGUCAUUUAUGAGUGAAGGUCAAGGUAUGUCUGGUUAUUUUUAAGGGAUAACCUUGAAGAUUAUUAUGUUCAAGUUUGAAGACAAUCCAUUCAAAAAUAACAAAGUUACAGCCAAUAAUAGCAAUAACAAGGAAAAUUUGGACUUUUAACCUUGAAGGUCAAGGUCAUUUAUUGAUGAAAGUCAAGGUUAGUGUGGUCUACUGAAAGGUCUUGUCCCAAGGGUUGUUGUUGCCAAGUAUGAAGAUAAUACACCAAGAACUAAAAAAGUUAUGAUCCAAGUACAAGUUUGCGGACGGCAACGGCAUCGGCAACGCCACCGCGACUCUAUCAAUAUCUACUUUUUUACAAAAAAAAAGUCGAGCUAAAAAUGAGAUAUUUCAAGUCUAGAUAGUUUGUAAAAGUGGCCCGCCACUAAUUUAAAAAAUAAGGCAUUAAUAAUAAGAAAUUUUAAGACUAAAUUGUCUGUAAUAGUGGCCCACCAGUGUAGGUAGGUAUUAUAAUAAUAUAUGUUAUGGGCUAAAUAGGAUGUAAUGAUGGCCCACCAGUGUAGGUAGGUAUUAACAAUAAGAUAUUUCAAGACUAGAUAGUUUGUAAUAGUGGCCCACCAGUGUAGGUAGAUAUUUAUAAUGAGAUAUGUUAAAGUUAAAUAAGAUUAAAUAGUGGCCUAUCAAUUUAUAAUAAGAUACCAGUGUGUGUUUGUUUGUUUUGGGUUUUACGUCACAUCGACACAGUAUAGGUCAUAUCGCGAUGUUCCAGCUUUAUUGGUGGAGGAAGACCUCAGGUGCCCUUCCCUGCAUUAUUUAAGGCACGAACGGGCACCUGAGUAGAACCACCGACGUUCCGUAAGCUAGUGUAUACCAGUGUAUACCAGUGUAAAAAGUGUAUACCAGUGUAAAAAGAUAUUAAUGAUAAGAUAUAUCAAGAUCAGAUAGCAUGUUAUAGUGGCCCACCAGUGUAGGUAGGCAUUAUUAAUUAGAUAUUUCAAGACUAGAUGGUAUAUAGACGAUUCCAUAAUCAAUAAUUAGACGGCCGCCAUUUUGUUUGUCACGUGACCAUCCGCCAUUACGGUACUGAUUCUGAAAGUCUGUGAAUGCCAAGCCAAUAUUGAAAAUCAAAAUUUUCGUGAAAAAUGAGCGAAAGAGCGGCUAUUGGUAAGUUUUUUUAUAUGGAAUAUAAUAUAUGAACGUAACAGUAACCAGCUAGUAGCAUAGACCUUGAGAAUUGACGGUAACUUGGGCAUAAAUUUAACGAUUGUUUACACGGCAAAUUUUUGUGUACUCAGUAAACUUCAGUUCAGCCUCCCGAAGUUUUUUUAAUCAUGUAAAGAUAUACAUGUAUAAUGAAUGGAUUUGUUUAGUAAAAGGAAAGUGGUGAGGGAUUUAUUUAGAUUUACCUCCAGAUGAUGCAAAAUGGGAAAGAAAUAACUCAAAAACCUGGCCAAAGCUUACGUAUGAGGACCUGGUCGACUACCUCAUCAAUGCUAAAGCUUAUGAUGGAAAGGCUAUGAAAUCUUUUCGAGCUUUAUAUGGAUAUAAUUACGUGCAAAACGGUUGGAUGGGAGAUAUUUACUCAUUGAAAGUAGACAAUAUUAACUUCCUAAAAGCAGUGAUAUCACCAAGUCAGCCCGGUGUUGGGCGUAGAGAUUACAGCACAUGGGUAGCCGUGUCAGGAACUGAGGACUGUAAAAUUGAAACAGGUUUGUGCUCCUGUCCAGCAGGAAAAGGAAGAAGCUGCAGUCAUAUUUCUGCUGUGAUUUAUGCAAUUACAUUAGCUUGGGCAAGUGGAGUUGGAGGCGAAACCUGUACGGAUAAGCAACAGGCAUGGGGGAAGGGAGUUUCCCAGGUUUUAAAUCAUAACCAAUUAAGUGAAAUGAAUUUUAGACGACCUAGUCCUUUUGUACUUCAGCAACAAAAAGAAAUGACAUGCACUGACAAUGUACCGAAAACUAAACAAUUUAUUGAUCAUAGUGAAUUGAAGAAAGAUGUAAUGGAAUCAUCCUUAAGGAAAUUGUGGGAGUGUAAAGGAACAUUACUCAAUGCUAUUCUAAAUGUUCCUGAAGUUGAGCCAAAUGUUGAUAUUGAAAUAAGCCACGGUUCACAUGAAAUUGACUCUUCAUCGGCUGUGUGCCAACCGUUACCAUGUGAAUCAUGUAACACAUUUUAUAACAAAAAUGUUAAUUUAAGUAAUGCAAAUAUCUAUAAUCUGGCCAUGGAAACAAAGAACCAAAAUAAUAAUCUAUGGCAGGACAGCAGAAGACUUAGAAUUACGUCAAGUAAAGUGCAUGCAUUGCCAAAAUCCAGCAGAGGGGACCCUAAUAAAUAUGUGACAAACCAAAUUUAUAAUAGAUUUAAGGGCUGUGUUGCUACUCGGCAUGGCAACAAGUAUGAACCUGUGGCUAGGAGUUGGUUUGAGGGCGUGUCGGGAAAGCCAGUUAUGAAAUGUGGUAUAGUUGUUAGCAAUGAAGAGCCAUACAUAGGUGCAAGUCCAAAUGGUAAAAUUGAUGACAACACAAUCAUUGAAAUUAAAUGCCCAACAAAACCAUUGAAAGACAUGAUAAACACUGGAAAAUACGACGUUGUUUUACAAAAUGGACAGUUACAUCUGAACCCAAAAGGUAAAAACGGAUAUUAUUGUCAAGUCCAAUUAGCCAUGUUUUGCACAAAAGCAAGACUUUGCAAGUUUAUUGUAUGGACAGCAGAGGAACAGGUUGUACUUGAUGUACUUUACAAUGAGGAUUUUAUUGAGGAAAUUUUACCAAGAGUCAGAAACUUUUAUUUUAAACAUCUUCUAGUAAGACUAACUGACGAGCAUUUAUCAGGCCGCUUGAAAUUGUCGCCUGAAUACAAAAGGUUUUGCAACUGAUAUGUAAGUAUCAAGUUGAGAAGUUGUGACUGUUGUUAAGUACUUGUGGAGAUUAUUUUUGGACAGUGUUUAACAAACUCUUUGAUAGGUUUUGCAAGUGAUAUGUAAAUACAUUGUAUGUAAAAAUUAUGUUGAGAAGUUGUUAAGUACUUGUGGAGAUUCUUUUCGAAAAAAUAAUAACAUCUCUUGGGAAAUUCAAUGAAUAGGAACAAUUAAAACAUAUAAAUUUAUUCGAAAUAAUAUUCAACUUCAAUUUAUGCACAAUGUCAUUGAUGAUUAUACAUUCAGUCAGUUGAUAAUGGUUAUUGGCAUAUCCAGUCACAAAAGUGAAUUGUUUAACAGACAAGUUUAGUAUGAUAAUUAUCUAUUGUUUAUGCAUGUUAUUUCACUGAUUGGUUGAUAUGUUAUUUAUUAUAUUUAACUUAUUAAAUUUUGAUUUUAAUCGUUUUCUUCUUCUCCUUCCUUUAUGAGAGAGUCCCUCAUGUUACACAAGGCCGCAAUUACCUUUAGAGUUUUAUUCGCUUUUUUUAAUGAUUUAAUAUUUUGUUUGGUAUUUAACAGUCUAUAAGACUUAACUCGCAUAAUUGCUCUUUCAACAUGUAUC